AACUGUGUACAAAUUGUUGCCACACGUUGUGGAAAAUUGUACAGAUUGGUUGAAUAAAGUCAGAUUAAUUUUCAAUAGACUUUCGGAUAUUGGAAAAAAUAAAAUAAUCGAAGGCGCAACGUUAAAUUUUCAAAUUUAUCAUUCCAUUCUAUCGAGUGACUCGCCGGUCUGAGGAUACAUCGAGUGUCCAAAUCGAUCGAAUUCGUGGAAACUCCCGGAAUUUCAGAUAACGAGAAACGUUACGAGUCACGUGGAAUACACGAGAAUUAUUUCUGCGCGCGUUUCGAGCCGACGACGCGUCGCGUCGCGACGCUUGUAAGAGUAGAAUAAUCGGCUCAUUUCGUGGACGGCUUUCCGCGCGUCGACAUCGCUGCGUGGAAACUUCGUCGGCGAUUCCUUAACUACAUCACGGUGACGUGUGUGCCGUCAAUAAGUUGCAUCGCGGCGAUGAAAAACUAAAAAUUGUUCAAUCAAGUUCACCUCGGAUUUAUAAAUAAAUUUAUACGAACAUUCAAGCCCUGCAGCUAAUUUAUUUUUGCAUCAAAAUCGAGGAUCCAGGUUGCAAACGCAAUCAGCAAUGGAAGAUCCGGCAACGCAUCCGGAUGAACGUUUAACAAUAAGCGAUCAUGACAUGUGCCCGAGCUUACGAGCUGCCUUAAAUUAUUCACCGGUAUAUUUCGAUUCCAGUGACGGGGAUGACGACCCUCUCGCCCUUCCGGAAACGACUUUCGUAAUUAACGAUGACUGGACAAUUUCGUCGCAGGAAUUACCGUCCCUCAGACAUAUUCCGGAAGAAGAUCCUGACGCAACCGACGCGGAUGACGUCGACGCCGAAAAUACCGAGGACGAAGUCGACUCCUUCGUAAACCGUGGCGAAAUCCUUUCGCGAAUAGAAACCAACUGCGAUGAGGACGAGCAAGUCGUCCCCUCCAGUCCUAACGAAAUUCUGGACAUUGGCGAGGAGUCAAAUUCUUCGGGUUCGAGUCUAGACGGUGAAAACGUCGAAAUAAUCAACGAUGAAAUAAACGAGGUUGAAGAGGAGCAGGAGAUUCCGGAACCGGAAGUGAAGAAGAAAUCAGACGUCGAUGAGAAGCGCGGGAAUCGCAGCAGCAGUCCUCAACCUCCGUGAAUAUCGGCGAUACCGGAAACCGGAACAAGUCGAAGUUCUUUCAGACUGUCACGAUUUGUAUUGUACAUUUAACGCGGGUCAUCGAUCGAUGAUCGGAAUUAGAAAAUCAUCGUCGUAACUCAAUUGUCGGGUGUUAGUUGAACUUUGCAUGAAUCGUCAAUGUGUUUUCUUGUUUAUAGAAGGUUACCGAUGACGAUCAUACGUGUAUCGAGACUUGCUGCUCGCGUAAAAACGUAGACACGUUAUUGUUCAUUUUCUGAAUCACUGUUUCAUAUAAAACGCACGAAACGUGGUCGGCGUUAUUAUGGAUAUGCUGGAUAUUGUGUAAAUAGAACGAUGCAAUCGUGACGUAGAUAAUUUGUGGAUGUGGUUGUUGUCUCAUUGUCACAAGAGAUUUCAACGAUUAUCUCUGAUGAAUCAUGUAUGAAUAUGUCUUUUUUCCGAAUCCUCGAUAAAUACUUUGAAUCGUGAAUAUUACACUGAAAUUUAAGUCAAUUACAUCACGCGCACAGAUUAUGUUCAUGAUCAAUGAAUUCAGCAGCAAUCUCUCUGCAUAUCGGUUAGAAAAUUUCCGAUCGUUUAACCUUUUUUCGUUAUAUACAUAUUUAAAUGAAGUCGGUGUGAAUUUUCAUAAUAUGUGGAUUAAAAAACGAUUUUACUUUCGCUGAGAAACUUUUCAAAGCGAAUUUCAAACGAAUUAUAGCUCUCUCAAUACUAUGUGUAAUUUUAUUUCCAUUACUGGUAUGAAUCUGUAUUUUCAAUCAAAAGAGUCAACCGGACUAUAUUUUAUAUUUUUUAUUCUCAACUUCAGGGUUAAUACAGAUCGCGACGUAUUGAUAGUUGAAUUUUUAAUCAACGUUUGAUUAUUUUUUCUGUAUUCUUGUGAAACUACACGAGAAAUUGUUUCUCAGACUUGUUCUUUCGCCGUUCGAGAAUUUUUAGAUCAUGCCUUCCAAACAUUUCAAUAUUCGAUGUAUGUAAAUAGUACGAUUCUAGAAACAAAAAUGUAGUAUAAUUUUGAUUCGUUAUAUGAAAUAAAAUUUCAUUAUGGUGUUACAUAUAUCUGGGACGGCUGAAACUAGGGUUACGUGUAUAAGAUUUUUUUUUCCUAUAUGAAACUGACUGCUAUUGAACAACCAUAAUAUAUCUUUGAAAGUACGACGUUUUAUCUAUAUUGUGUGAAAAUUUGGUUGAAAUAUUUCAAACCGUAAAAAAGUUACAGUCGUUUUUCUGGGACGUGUAAUUGGUUCGGUACUUAUGAUGAAAAAAAAAAAAAAAAACUAUGCCAGGUAUCGAAAAAACGGAUCGACAAGUAUUAGAUUAUUGUGUGAAACGUAACUCUUGCAAAACUAGAUCUCGAUCGGUCAAGUAGACGCGGAGAUAUUUCUGGUACCGAUUUGGAAAACAUUGUUUCGAGAAAAACGCGUGGUAAAAUUAUUGAGUAGAGUUUACACUGCCAAUGAAAUAACUGGUUUAUUUAAAACUAACACGAGAUUUUCGAUUCCUGGGCAAUAUGACUCGGAUCUUCCUGAGAUGUCGAUAUUUUUCCUUCUUUUGAUGCCUUUAUCGCUGCUCACCUGGUCGGUUACAAAACGCUAUAACUUCGUCAUUACUGCGAAUUUCAUUAUGAAAUUUUUAAGGUAGAAACUCAAAGGAUAGUACUUUCGAAUGAGCACCUUUUUAAGAAAUCGAUUUUUUUUAUGUUACUCAUCCAAGUAAAUUUAACCCCUUAAUGCGUGUAAAGUCGUUGAUUGUAGUGUUAUUUUUAAUUUCUUUGUAUUUCAUGUUGUUAUGUUUCAAGUUCGUGUCUCCCAGGAGCUUGAAUCGCAGUUCAUCGAUGUAGCUUGACAGGACAAUAAAUUAUUAGAAAGCAAAACAUGUUUGAAUGCGUAAAUAAUAAUAAACAAUAUAAAGAAACGCGCUUCAAUCUAUAGUAGAAAGAAAACAUUGAGAAGGAAAUAAACGUAUAGUUGGCGCAUUAAUAUCUUUUCAUUUAAAUAAUAGCGAUUAAUUAUAAUAUUUUGAUUUAACUUGAGGAUUUCAUUCAAUACUAUCGAGAUUCAUCUCACACUCGAAUAAAUUAUAUACUUCGGGCGUGUGACAUAAAAAAUGGGCGUUUAACUUUCGAGUAAAUUAUAUCCGAGAUGAAAA